AUGUACUGUAAGACUUGGUUACUGGUUAGUCUCUUCAUCGUGCUUAAUAUCUUAUUGCUGUUUUUCACCGCAAGAACCCUCGAAAGACAGAAAUGGCUGAAGCUCAAUGUUGUUCUCCCUCAAAACUACAAAUUUAUCCUCGACUUGCCAGAGAAGUGCGAGCAACAGAAGCCCUUUGUGGUGAUUAUGGUCCCGGUGGCCCCGGAGAACAUCGAGGCACGCAAUGCCAUCAGGACAACGUGGGGAAAUGAGGGGCUCGUCCGAGAUAAAACCGCGCUGAUUUUAUUUCUUCUGGGCUCACGAAGUGGCAAUGAAACUUUACAGGAGCAACUCCAGAAUGAAAGCCAGCAACAUGGAGAUCUUCUGCAGAGCAGCUUUCAAGACACCUACAGGAACCUGACGGUUAAAACGUUGGUGAUGAUGGAGUGGCUCAGCAGAAAGUGUCCACAGGCUUCAUACGCCGCAAAAGUGGACGCCGAUGUGCUCCUCAACGUGAAAAACCUAUUGUAUAUGCUUGUGAGUCUGGACACACUAGAACAUAACUACAUUACUGGUCUAGUAUUGUCUGUAAACAAUGUCAUGAGAGAUCCAUCCAGCAAGUUUUACAUCCCUCAUGACGUGUAUCCCAGAUCCAGAUAUCCUCCGUAUCCUCAGGGCAUGUGUUAUAUCUUUUCUAUGGACUUGCCUGAGAAGAUCCUACACAUCUCGAGGUUUGUGAGGCCUAUUUUUAUUGAGGACGCAUAUAUUGGCAUGUGCUUGAGGCGUUUGGGAAUUAGGCCUAAGAAACUAAAUAUUGGGCAGUUUUUAAUCAAUCCACCUGAACAUUUGAAUCGCUUUUAUUAUUCUGGACUAAUAGCAAUACUCACACAGAGCCCGACUCAGCUGAUUUCCUAUUGGAUGGACGUUCAAUCACCCAACAAACUCUGUUGA